UUGUUAUUCAUGCACGCUGCCAUGGCUGUUGGCGGGCAGCGCUCAAGGCCUCCGCAGCCGCAGCCGCAGUGUCGCCGGGGCGCAGGACUCACGGGCGCGCGGCCGCCAUCCCGAGGCGGCUGGCACGGCUCUCCGCCCAAACUUCGGGUCACCAGACUUCACUAUUCCAGACCAACUACGAUA